GGUGGGUGGGUCGAAGAAGAAAGAGUAGCUAACUCUUAGCCGCUAACCACCCGGUGCUGCUUGCAGGGAUUGCCUUGCUACAUCUGUACAUCAAUAUGGUCCAACUAGUGGGUUCCCUCCGAAAAGAACUGGCUGACUCCCUGUCCAGCUGCAAGGUUCUGGUGGUGGGAGCGGGGGGGAUCGGCUGCGAGCUGCUGAAGAACCUCGUCCUCACCGGCUUCAAGAACAUUGAUGUGAUUGACCUGGACACCAUCGACGUAAGCAACCUGAACCGUCAGUUUCUCUUUCAGAAGAAGCAUGUUGGGAAGUCUAAAGCAGAGGUGGCCAAAGAGAGCGCCUUGCAGUUCUGCCCCACAGCAAAUAUCACAGCCUACCACGACAGCAUCAUGAACCCUGAUUACAAUGUGGAGUUCUUUAGAAAGUUCAGCCUGGUGAUGAACGCUCUGGAUAACAGAGCUGCCCGUAACCAUGUUAACAGGAUGUGCCUGGCAGCGGACAUUCCUCUAAUUGAAAGUGGCACAGCAGGGUACCUGGGACAGGUCACAGUCAUCAAAAAGGGAAUGACUGAGUGCUAUGAGUGCGUACCAAAGCCGGCCCAAAAGACCUUCCCAGGAUGCACCAUCAGAAACACACCAUCAGAACCAAUUCACUGCAUCGUCUGGGCGAAGUAUCUUUUUAACCAGCUGUUUGGAGAAGAAGAUGCCGAUCAAGAAGUCUCACCAGAUACGGCUGACCCAGAGGCUGCAUGGAAUCCUGAAGAGACAGCAGCUCGUGCCACGGCGUCAGAGAAAGAUGGCGACAUCAGACGAGUUUCCACCAAAGAAUGGGCCAAAUCCACCGGGUACGACCCCAUCAAAGUCUUCAACAAGCUUUUCAAAGAUGACAUCAUGUACCUGCUGACCAUGGAUAAGCUGUGGAAAAAGAGGAAAGCUCCCACCCCUUUGGACUGGCAGCAGCUGGAAAACAGUGCUCGUCCUCAGGAGGAAAGUCCAGCAUCUUCAGGGUUGAAGGACCAGCAGGUCCUGGAUGUUUGGGGCUACUGCCAGCUGUUCCGGCACAGCGUGGAAACGCUGCGCUCACAGCUGCAGGAGAAGGGCGCAGGCGCCGAGCUCGUUUGGGACAAGGAUGACCCUCCGGCCAUGGACUUUGUUACUGCAGCAGCAAACCUGCGUAUGAACAUCUUCAGCAUGAACAUGAAGAGCCGCUUUGAUGUAAAGUCUAUGGCAGGAAACAUCAUUCCAGCUAUUGCCACAACCAACGCUGUUAUAGCAGGACUCAUCGUGCUGGAAGGACUGAAGAUCCUCUCCGGAGAGCUGGAAUCCUGCCGCUCGAUCUUCCUGAAUAAAUGUCCAAACCUCAGAAAGAAACUGCUGGUGCCGUGUAUUCUGGACAAGCCCAGUCCGAACUGUUACGUCUGUGCCAGCAAACCAGAGGUCACAGUUAAAGUCAACGUGCAGAAGACAACAGUUCUGUCUCUGCAGGACAAGAUCCUAAAGGAACGGUUUGGCAUGGUGGCUCCAGAUGUUCAGAUAGAAGAUGGCAAAGGAACCAUUCUUAUCUCCUCAGAGGAAGGAGAGACAGAAGCCAACAACAACAAAUUCCUCUCUGAAUUUGGGAUUCGAAAUGGCAGCCGUCUCCAAGCUGACGACUUCCUCCAAGAUUACACGCUCCUCAUCAACGUACUGCACACUGAGGAGCUUGAGCGAGACGUGGAGUUUGAGGUGGUGGGUGAGGCUCCAGACAAAGCUCCUCCCCCUCAGAGCAACAAGGAAGAAGUAAACAGCAUCACUAACGGCAACAAAGACUCUGCCCAGCCUUCCACUUCUUGUAAAGUUACAGCAGACGAUGAUGACCUCAUGAUAAUUGACUCUGAUGAGGAGGUGGGGGCACCAUCCAGUUCUGCGGCAGUAGCAAGUGGCACCAAGAGGAAGCACCCAGACUCAGAGACAGGUGAAGCCUCCACCAAGCGCCCACGGACGGACCAAUCAGCUGCGACAAACUAUGACGACGAUGACAUCAUUGCUUUGGACUGAAUCCCUGUCGGUCCCAUCCGAAGGACCCCAAUGUUUUGUUUUUUUGCUUCAAACAGAAAGUAGGCUGAGAGAAAUAAACCACCAGUUCAAUGAAGAACAAUUUCAUCUUUAGGUCCCUCCCCUUUUUUUGUGCUUUCAUACCCACUUUCUGACAUCAUACUGUAAAUAGUCAAUAUUUUAACAAACUUUUGAAAAUGCAGUCAUUGCAUAUUUUUAUUCAUUUAGAGUCCUGAAAUACUUCUCUUGAUGGUUUAAAAAAGUGCUUUUUUUUGUAAUUUUUUAAAAUAAAUGUACUGUAUUUCUCAAGCAACAGAAGUCGGGAUGGUGGUGGAGGUUUUUUGUAAAGCUCGAAAAAGAAUAUUCACAGGAAAAAGUACAUAAGGUGAGCAGGCAGAGGUGUCUGUAGAUAUGGGGGCCCCUGCGUGUAAAAGCCAUUGACGUCUUACGGGUUUGGUGAUGAACACAGAGAGAGAUUCUGGCCAGUUUGUGCCAAAAGGUUGUUAGUUUGCUACCUCUUUUCCACAGUUGAAACAAUUUUUCUGGAAAUAUGUACCGUCAUUAACUUGGCCUAGCUGGGGCAUUUGCUCUGGAAGAAUGCAAAACAUUUUCCCCAUAGAGAAGCCAACAUGGUUCCCAGAGAAAAUGCAUUCAGCUCUGGAAAUAUACAGCGGCUUUAAGUGCGACAGACUGAGAACAUGAAGGUCAAUUUGAAGCUGGACUUUGGAAACAGAAGCAUGGUUAGUUACUGUCAGAGGCUGAGCAUCUCUGGUUCUAUUGUGUUCAUUAUUUCAUUAGUGUUUUUUUUUUCUUUUUUCAGUAGGUUUUUGGACCAAUUUGAAGAAAAUAAAGGCAACCAUUUCUGACCGUU